CAAUAUAUAUAUGUAUAUAGAUAAUGAUAAUAGAGUAUAUAAAGCAAAUCUGAAAUCUGUCUAAGCAAUUUGUGUCUACGGUGAUACAGAGUUUGGAUACAUAUUCUGUUCUCCUUUCUUAAACGCAAAAUGAAAGCCGUGGUAUUCUUGUUAUUUGCCGCCAUUUUCAUCUACACAAACUGCAACGUAAUCGACGUGCAAGCUCCACGACCAGACUGCUCCCAUGCAGACAAGGAUCACCUUUUGGUUCGUCAUCCAUGCAGCUGCACUACUUACUUCGUUUGUCUCACCGAUCCGCCAAUUCCCAUGGAAUGCCCUGACGGCCUUCAGUUCAAUCAAACUGUCCAGGCUUGCGAUUUUGCAAUUAAUGUGAACUGCAUAAGAGUCUUCCCUUCUGAAGGUAUUAAUAUGUACUAG